AUGGUAUUGAUUACAAGAUAUUUACCAUCGACUAUUGAAAACAAUAGACCAUCGUUGGAAGGAGUUCAAUCGAAAGAACAGAUUGUCGAUGCAGUUCUACAUAAUACUACAGUGGGACUGAUCAAUCAGCUGAUGGUGCUGGCCGAUCACGCCAAUAGCAUCUUCAGUGGCUUGGCAGCGGAAACAUCACAGGUCACUGCACGUCUCAAUAAAUUGAAUGGUCGUCUCGACCCGUUGAUCCAGAUGGUCAACCAGGUUGAAUCGUAUCAUCAACGCACCAGCAUCGAUACGAUGAACAGUCGUCCACGUGCCGAAUACCACGCGGAAAACCCAGAGAAAUCACAGUUGUUCACACACGCCUCUGUGCCACAGAGCGUCACACUCGUCUACAAUGAAAAGUGCUAUCCACCACCCAGCUUGCACCUAUUGGAUCCCUACAUGGACGAGGGACAACACUCGCUGAAACUCUACACCAAUCCCGACUUUUUCAUUGACGAGUGGAUCGCCGAGAUGCAAAAGCAGCGUGAGGAAGCGCGUCAACGUCGUCGUGAGCGUAAGGAAGCACGUCUCAGAAAGAAGGGUGAAAAGGGUGACGCCCAAGCCGAAGUGAAAAAGGUGAAGCGUUUGCACAAGGUUCGUUACGAUCCGGUCACAGGUGAGAAAAUUUUGAUUCCUGUAGAUGGCGCGCCAUCGCCCGCCGCACCGUCUACGUCACUCGCAUCACCAUCGACACCACCCACACCAGUCUCACAUUCAUUCCCACCACCACCCCCAAUCAAUAAUAACAGCUAUCCAUCACCACCACCCAUUGGCUUGUCCAGUUCAGUUCCACCACCACCCAUCAACAAUAAUUAUCGCGUUCCACCACCACCCAUCGGUGUUUCCACCCCACCUCCAGCCAUGCCAAGUCACCGUCCUCAGUCGGUGUACGGACAGCCACAGCCACCCGGCAACAUUCCAACUUCAUACGCACCAGCACCAGCUCCACCACCCCCACCUCCAGUCAACACCAACGCGCCAGCUCCACCACCCCCACCUCCCAUGGCAGCCAAAUCCGGUUUGGCCGCUGCACUCGAAGGUGCCUCCCUCAGACCAGCCGAAACCAAGCCAAAGGCUGCCGAUGCUCGUUCCGAUCUUCUCUCGUCAAUUGUCGCCGGUAUGUCAUUGAAACCAGCUGAAGAGCGUAAGAUUCCAGAGGCACAACAACAAGUUAAAACUGAAGCAGUUAGCGUCGCCGACAUUCUCGCAAGAAGAAUUGCAUGGGCUCCUUCAGACUCUGAAGAUGAUGAUGACUCUGACGAUGAUUCUGAUUGGGAUUAA